CAGUAGGGUUAGUGGGCUCCAAGUCUCUGGUGCCCGAGUCUCCUCCACGGCUUCCCAUCCCUUCUGCCCGCUCGGAGUGUGUGCAUGAGUGGGAGCGCUGGGCUGUGCGCGCACGGCUCUCGGCCUCCCUCGCGCCCCGCCACGGCGCCUCCUCCCACUCUGCCUUCUCCCGCUCACUGUGCCCCUGCCCGGACUCGCACCUCGCCGGUGCCCUUCACUCGCUCUUCCGCGUGAUUUCCCCGCCGCCUUUCUCUACCAACUGGGAAUGCUAAAACGGGACUGAUGGACGUGUCAGAACUCUGCAUCCCGGACCCCCUCGGCUACCACAACCAAUGGGAGGAUUUGAGAGCUGCCAGCCACACAGACUGUUCAGGGUGCACACCAGGUCCUGCAGGGCCAGCUGGGCCAUGUGACCUGAUUCACACUCAGCCUGAAGCCUUCGUUAUUUUCCAUGUGCACACACAGCUUUCUUAAUCCCUCCAAGAAACCUACAAAGGAAGCCUGGGUGUCCCAUUUUCCAGAUGGAGAAAUUGAGGCUCAGAUUGGUAAAGUGCCAGUUGGCUGCUGAACAGAAUGUCCGCUGACGACCGGCACCUGGGCUCCAGCUGUGGCUCCUUCAUCAAGACAGAGCCGUCCAGCCCGUCCUCGGGCAUCGAUGCCCUCAGCCACCACAGCCCCAGCGGCUCGUCCGACGCCAGCGGCGGCUUUGGCCUGGCCCUGGGCGCCCACGCCAACGGUCUGGACUCGCCGCCCAUGUUCGCUGGCGCCGGGCUGGGAGGCACCCCAUGUCGCAAGGGCUACGAGGACUGUGCCAGUGGCAUCAUGGAGGAUUCGGCCAUCAAGUGCGAGUACAUGCUCAACGCCAUCCCCAAGCGCCUGUGUCUCGUGUGCGGGGACAUCGCCUCUGGCUACCACUACGGCGUGGCCUCCUGUGAGGCGUGCAAGGCUUUCUUCAAAAGGACCAUCCAAGGGAACAUUGAAUACAGCUGCCCGGCCACCAACGAGUGUGAGAUCACGAAACGGAGGCGCAAGUCCUGCCAGGCCUGCCGCUUCAUGAAAUGCCUCAAAGUGGGGAUGCUGAAGGAAGGUGUGCGCCUUGACCGAGUGCGUGGAGGCCGCCAGAAAUACAAGCGACGGCUGGACUCAGAGAGCAGCCCGUACCUGAGCUUGCAGAUUUCUCCUCCUGCUAAAAAGCCCUUGACUAAAAUUGUCUCCUACCUGCUGGUGGCUGAGCCGGACAAACUCUACGCCAUGCCUCCCCCCGGCAUGCCAGAGGGUGACAUCAAGGCUCUGACCACUCUCUGUGACCUGGCGGACAGGGAGCUCGUGGUCAUCAUUGGCUGGGCCAAGCACAUCCCAGGCUUCUCCAGCCUCUCUCUGGGGGACCAGAUGAGCCUAUUGCAGAGCGCCUGGAUGGAGAUCCUCAUCCUGGGCAUCGUGUUCCGCUCGCUGCCCUACGACGACAAGCUGGUGUAUGCCGAGGACUACAUCAUGGACGAGGAGCACUCCCGCCUGGCGGGGCUGCUGGAGCUCUACCGGGCCAUCCUGCAGCUGGUGCGCAGGUACAAGAAGCUCAAGGUGGAGAAGGAGGAGUUUGUGACGCUCAAGGCCCUGGCCCUGGCCAACUCAGACUCCAUGUACAUCGAGGACCUGGAGGCAGUCCAGAAGCUGCAGGACCUGCUGCACGAGGCGCUGCAGGACUACGAGCUGAGCCAGCGCCACGAGGAGCCGCGGAGGACGGGCAAGUUGCUGCUGACACUGCCCCUGCUUCGGCAGACGGCCGCCAAGGCCGUGCAGCACUUCUACAGCAUCAAACUGCAGGGCAAGGUGCCCAUGCACAAACUCUUCCUGGAGAUGCUGGAGGCCAAGGUCUGAUGGCCUGGCACGCGCGGACCGACUCCCGCCCGAGGACAGACAAACGGAUGGACCGACGCAGAGACCUCCACAGCCACCAGCCUCAACGUUCAAGUCCUGUAUCAUGGCCACGAGCAGUCCCAGAGAAAGGGACUUCGCCUCCCAGCUGUGUGCAGAGUCCUGGGUGCUGUGGGGCGGGGGAACGGGCAUGGGAGGGCAGGGCAUGGGCUCAUCUGUAACUGGCUUUUUCUUUGGUAUGUUUUUCCUUAGCCACAGGCAGUGCUGAGGCCUGGGCCAGGGCUGACUCCCAAGUGGCUUGGGACCGCUGAGGAAAUGCCCCCUCUUCCCACCAAAUUACCAAGAGGCAGCACACACCUUUCCUAACCCCACACUGCCCCCCAUUCCUCUGCCCAUGGUGCAGGGGUGGGCAGUGCUCAGCGCCCAGGACUCUGGCACACUCAGGUGGGGUACCUGACAGAGGUUUUCCUUUCUCAGAUGGCAGGUGCUUUCUUCCAGAGCCCCUGCCUACUCUGGGGUUCUGUGGGGCCCCUCAAGAGGCCCUACACCUUCCACAGUCCAGAUGCUCUCUCCCUCCCUCCCUCCCACCCUCCUUUCUAUCAGCUCCCGGCCCAGGCUCACAUCAAGAGAGUAGUUGCCAGAGCGCAUGCGUUUUCCUGGGCCCCGCAUCCCUCUGUGCACCCCCACCUGCUCUGCUCAUCACUCGUGUGCCAGGGCCAGCCUGUCAUCCCCCCUCAUCUCCCAGGAGUCCUGCUAGUACUUCCUGCCGUACCUCUUGAGUUCUCUCCCGCAGUAGGCUCAGCCAGCCAAGAUGGCCUCAGGGCCAUAGCUGGGAACUUUCCGGCUCCGAGAAGAGCAGGGUCCAGGAAGACACUCCCCAGUGCCCCACUUCUGCUUGCUGCUUCCCCUCCCUGUCAGCCUUCCCCGCAGGUCCAGAGCAGGUAGGCCUGUGGGAAGUAGGGGAUAUGCAGUGGCCUAGCCCUGUCUGAGGGCAACCUGGCACUAAUUCUAGGCUGGCAGUCCUGGAGGACCAGGGCAGGAUAGGGAGAGGCCCAAACCAAUCUUUGCUGAGCACAGAAAGGCCCAGAAGCAGAGAUGAACAGGCAGGGGAACCCGAAGACAGGGCCUUAGUGGAGGUCACCAGCCUGCCUGAUCUUUCCUGGCAUCCAGGGCAGUGGGUACCAGGAUGCCCCUCCCCCGCGUUCCAAAGGGCUGGAUGAGUCAGUGUAAUGGGAGGGGUUACUUCUGCCCCCUUGCUGCUCCUGCCACCCUUGGACUAAGGAGGUGUGGCCCAGCUCCCUGGGCACAUUGAGGCCCAGCUUUCUGAUGGGACACCCCCCAUCCCCUCCAGUCCUGGCUGUUAUGUAAGGUGACAGCCACCCCGGUUUGCCCAGGACUGGUUAUAGCACUGAAAGUUCCAUUUCCCAGGAAACCCCUCAGUCCUGGCCAAAUGGGGACAGUUGGUCAUGCAUGUCUGUGAGUGGCUAUGAAAGUCCAUUACAACACACUGGGGGAAGGGGACAGCCCUGAACAACCCAUCUGGUGCUCACAGGGUUGACUGACGGCAGCUUAGAGGAUCUCCCGAGGAUGGAGGGGCAUCGAGCAUGAUGGAAAAUGCUCCUUCCAAUCAGCUGCCCUCUAAAGCAGGGAUCAGACCAACCCCACCUGGGACACAUUCCUCGGGAAUCUACACCUCUUCUAACCCAACCUUUUUCCACCCCGAGAGGCAAGCAGAUCCCCCCGACCCAUCACUAGGAUCAGGAGGCCAAGUGCCCUCUCCCACAACUCCCAGCUAUUCCCAGGGAAGCGGCUACUGCUGGCUCCACGUCUCCGCUCCCAGACACCGCUCCUCCUGAACGUUCAUGCUGAGACAUGUUCAGGUCACCCUAGGCAGGAGGGUUCCCAGCAUCUGCUCUUGAAUAUCUUCACAUAGAAAAUAUCAGGGAUUUCAAGAGAUAUCACAGACCAGUGAGGUGUGCCCUCCUCCCUUUUGCCUGCAGGGACUCCAAGGCCACAGUCAGCACUGGGAUGAUCCAGGAUGCUUCAGCCCUAGCUCUUUGUGCAGUUUCCAAUCUGGGUGGACGGAUGCAUAGGCACCUCUAAGGGACCAGGGAUAAAACCCAAGCCUAACUUAACCGUUAGGGGCCGUGCCCUGAAGUCUGGACCAGAGAGAUCACACAGCGAGAGAACUUGGGGUCCACUCUGCAGGAGCCUCCCCUAUUCUCUCAUUAUGCUAUGUGCUCGAGGAAGUGGGGGAAGAGGGUCGCAUCUCAUCAUCCGGGCACCUGGUUCUCUGCAGUGUGACUUCCUGCUCAAGCAUGAGGACCUGUCAGCCGUGGCAGGGGCUAGUGCACAGCUGGCCUUUGCAGUCCACCUUUUUCAGGAAAAGCAUCUUCAGCUAACAGUGCAACUAGUUUGCAGUGAGUGGGUGUUCGGUACCCAGGAUAGCUUUGUCUCGCUGGAUCUAGGGCAGGUGUCGCAGCAUUAGAGCCCAUUUACAGCAGGGAGGGGGCGGUGGUCCUGAUGGCUUGGUGCCAGUGAGAUGGAUGCUGCUGCUUCUGCUGCUUUAAAAACUCCAGUGGCAGCAGGAAAUGUAUCAGUAACCAUGGGAAUGCUGUCCAGUGGGAAUGGCCCUGGUAUGUACGUGAUGGACUCUUUGACAUUGAGGGAAGUUUAGGAGCCAACUUAGUUGGAAACCUAGCCAGCUUUGGGAACUCCUGAAAAGAGGAGGGCCCUGACUUAGUAGGGGAUGGAGUGAGGAGAAUUUAGGACACCCUGUUCCCCAAACCCAGACAGAACAGAAAUGAAGUUUAUCCCCCAAAUCCACUGUUCCUGGAAAAUCUGUAAAGAGGAAAUAGCCCUUCUCAGUUGUACUCAUGAUACAGGUCAUUGAAAUGAACCAAGAAAUAAAAUGAAAAAAAUACAACCAUGGAGAAGGUGGUAUUGGCUGGGUUUUGUUUGCUCCCUGUAUCCCCACCCUUUCUAAAGAUUCUGGACUGGUUUUGCCACACGCGAACCUUGAUAGUGGCUCCCACUUUUUGCAUACAGAAAACUUCAGUGAUUUCCCAGGGCACAGUUUAAGAACCAAGUAGGAAGCGCUCAAGACCAGAGCAGGAAGCUGGGUGGGAAGGCAUCACAGGGCCUUAGAGGAGCCAGACUGCACGCACCCCUGCAUCGGGGACCACCCUUCCCUUCAGACUCCCCGCCACCCCCCCGCACAGAUGGGGGAAGGUGGAGGGGGGUUGUGGCGAGGGGAAGGAGUGACAAACUUGUGGCAAGAAGACAGGGGCCCGUGCCCAUGGAAGAGCACCAAAGAAAAGCACUAUGUGGAGAUUGUUUUAUUUUCGAAUAAUGAUGAUGCGGCUGGAACGGCUUCUUCAGAUGUAUAUGUUUUUUAAGUGGCGGUCCCUCGUUGCAUCACCUCCCUGUACGCACUCCCACCUCUGUACGUGUUCUCCCAAAUGCCCUAGGAUUUUUCCGUCCUGGCCCCGUGUAUCUGGAAUCUAAUAAAUAAGGAACGGCCUA